GAUCGGGCAGACUGGACUGCAGGGACCAGGGAGACGGUGGUCGGGGCAGAGAUCGCCAAGAAAUCGGCUGCGACUAAAAGCCGCUCAGUGUGAAGAUCUGCCGGGGAUGCGGAUACCAGACGGAUGCGAUCCUGAGGGGAUGACAGCGGGAGAGUGCACGGCAGCUGCAGCCACAUAGACUUAUAAGGCAGAGACUUUACCCUGCCAGCAUCAGAGAGAUGUGAUCGGUGGAGAGAACGGCCAGAGCACAGGAGGGCCCCCGGGGCCACACACCACAGGAGGGCUCAUGACAGGUUCCAGCCCUGAUCCAAGUCUGGAGGACAGAAGAACUGUGCCAGGCCCAUCCACAUGAUUAUCAACAUGGGAUCCAUCAAUAAAGACAGGACUGCAGUCCUGUACAAUGACCUGGAAAAGUACACUGCUCCUGAAAUCCCGGCACCCCCACCUCCACCUCCUCCAGUCAUUACUUUCUCGGAGUCCUCAAGAAGCCCUUUUCAAAAAUGUGACCCAAAACCUCGAUCACGGUUGAAGAACUUUAACUGGGAGGCUAUACCACUGGAGAAAGUUAAGGGUCGGACAAGUUUGUGGAGCUCAGAAACAUUCCAUGGAGAUCUACAGAUCGACACAGGGAAAAUAGAGGAAUUAUUUGGAAAGCAGGAAGUAGAAGUCCUGCCAAAACCUUGUGAUCGGCGUAGAUCUAUUUCGAUCAGAGAUGCAGGUUUGAACAAGGUCUUUUUGCUUGAUUCAAGGAGAAGCAUGAAUAUUGGCAUCUUCCUGAAGCAGUUUAAAAGAUCAGCUGCAGAGAUUGUAGAAGAUAUAAGGCUGGGGAGAGGAGAUAUAUACACUUCCGAAAGACUAAAUGAGCUUCUGAAGCACCUGCCCGACAGAGAAGAGGUGCAACGUCUGAAAUCCUUUCAGGGGGACAGAAAGUGUUUGAGUGAAGCAGAUCUGUUCAUGUUACUCCUCUUGGAUGUUCCAUGCUACUGCCUGCGUCUGGAAGCCCUUAUUCUCAAGAAGGAUUUCUACCCGGCUGUCCUAUCUCAGUUAUCUGCAGCAAGAGACCUGACAGCAGCUGCAGUAGAGUUGCUGCAAUGCUCAGAACUUCAUUUCAUCCUGAAGCUGGUACUGAAGGCUGGCAACUUUAUGAAUGCCGGCGGCUAUGCUGGGAAUGCAGCCGGUUUUCGUGUGUCAUCUCUUCUCAAACUUGCAGACACAAAAGCCAACAAACCUGGGAUGAAUCUCUUGCAUUUCGUAGUGAUGGAAGUCCAAAAACAGGAUCCAAGAUUUCUUUCAUUUGCAGACAAACUAGAGCAUGUUCACAGCGCCAGCAAGCUGUCUGAAGAUGGCUUGCUGGAGGAGUUCUACAGGCUACAGUCUCGGAUAACUUCAGUUCAUCAGACAUUGACGGUGCCAGAGCUACAAGAGCUAAGAAUACAGAUGGAGGAGUUUCUAGAGUAUGCUGAUCACCAGUUACAAGAGGUUCGGAAAGAAAUAGAUGCCUUGCAAGUCUCAAGACAGAACCUGUGUGAAUUUCUGUGUGAGGAUGAAGAUACAUUUCACUUGGAGGAGUGCUGCAAAGUAUUCAGCUGCUUUUGUCAAAAGUUUCAGCUGGCCAUCAAGGAAAAUAAACAUCGGGAACAAGAAGAUCAAAGACGGAAAGAAUGGGAGAAGACACGUUUACAGAAAAGACAUUCAAUGGCUACUUGUAGCGCACUAGAAGCUAGCCAGUCAAAAGAUGAACUUGAACUUACACUGGAAAGAAACCUACUUAACACACGUAGACCAUUGGGAAGACGUGUCUGUAGAAUGCGUUCUUUAGGCUGGAAUAGUGCAAAGCCCUUUAUAUCUUGUAAUGCCCAGGGUGAGGAACACUGUGACCAGAAAAGUGUUGACCAGAUGAGGAAGGUGUCAGAGCGUGUUCUGAGGCAACAGAUGGAAUAUAAAAGUCAAAAGAAACCCCAUAUGGAUAACAAUAGACUUCAUCAAUUACCUGCUGCAAAAAAUAGUACUUCACCACCAGAAGGCAAAGUUGACAUACAGAAAGUCAGUGUAUUGUUGUCAAAGGAGAAAACUGAGAUUUUCGAGAUGUCCCCUGAGACAUAUGAGUUUCAUGCUUCUGAUCAACAGCUAAGCAUUCACAGGCCUAGAUGUUCAGAAACUAAUAUGCACGUACUAUGUAAUAGGAAUCAACAAGAUAUAUCAGAGCCAGUUCAGAACUCACUACAAGAAUAUAAUAUAAGGUGCCCCAAUAAUACAUUUUGGCCACUAACUGAAGAGUCUCAUGAGCUCAUUGGACAGAGUUCAGUCCAAUUACUUGACAAUCAUUCAGUGGACCAUUUACUGGUUGAAACAUCGAACCAAUUAAAAUCAUUAGAUGGACACGAAAACCAAAUAUCAUCUCCCCAGGAAUCAACAUCCCAUUCACAACCCAAAUAUACAAGCCAAAUGUAUCUAAAGCCACUACAUGAACAAUUGGACAUUGACAAUGUCAGCCAGUCACAAACUCAGGUUAGUGAUGACUGUCUUACAACAGAAACUUUACCAAACAGUUUGAAAGCCCAGGUUCCCACCCAAUUAAUAGAAAAGGACAAGCUCGACAGUGGCCUUCACACACUAGAUCAAUCACAUUUACCCAGAAAAAUGCUCUGCUUCUCUGCACCUAAGACUACAUUUUCAGGAAGUCUUGCUGGAAUUGAUGCUCAGGUACAUGAAACCAAUACAAGAUCAGCUAUGCAGUGUAUAUCUGUAUCCUCCAAGCAGACAGAAGGGAAAUCACAGAAACUAAGCGACUUUACAGAAAUUUCAGGAAACAAACUGAAAGAUGAGAAUUCCUUACAUAGAUUGGAGUAUGGUGAAUCAGGGAACCUUGAACAAUCAUCUGGCCUUCAGGAACUUACAUCUUCCAAACAGACAAAUGGCCUUAACAUUGUGUCAGAAUCAUCAGGUAAUCCUAAGACUUCCAAACCAUUAACCCAAGUUACUUCUAAAACAAUGAAACAAACAUCAGGAAAAUCUGCACUCCGGAAUACUAAACACUCAAUAGCUCCUCCUGGCUCCCAGUUAUCCAGUCCAUCAUCAAUUUCAACAAGAUCUGAUGCAUCCAAUCAAAAUCAAAUAUUUAAUAAUACAGAGACUCCUAAACUUCGGAGAUCUCAGCCUGGAUGUUUUAUGUCCAAGAUAAAACUUGUGGAGCCAUUAUCAGAUGAACAAUCAGGCACAACUAAAGAAGUGAAUGAUCACAUUCCACAGCCAAAGGAGAAGAAUGUGGACCCACCAAAUGAAACAUCAAGAGGGCCCCAGUAUGUGGAAUAUAAUUCCUUCUCAAAGGGCAUAAAAGAUGUCCAUAUUGUGGUACAAAAACCCUGCUCUAAAUGGAAAAGGGAAUUAAAAAAUAACUCAGAAAAAGCAAACAGUUUUAGAGCAGAACCAAUGCUAGACAACACUACAGGAAGUAAUAGGAAUAAUUUGGAGCACAAAAGCGGAGAUACCGUCAAAAACACUUUAUCAGUGAAAAAUGGAAGAAGCAUCCCCAAAAAAUCAAAACCUAAUGACUUGGGGAUCAGAAGAGUCCCUUUAACCAAAGACCUAGCUAUAGGAGCAGUGAGUCCAUGUGUCAUAAAACAACCUGUGAUCUCUUCUAGACAUGUGCAAAAAGAUAGCAAGAUACCACAAAAAAUAAGCCAAUCUACUGCUGGAGCAAGCAGAUUAACCCCAAGCAAAAAUAUGGGCACAUUCAAGGAGAAGGAGGGUUCACUUGUAAAUAAUAAUGACUGUGGUAAAUCUGCGAGCAAUGGAAGCCCCUCUGUAACUUCUAAACAGUCACUUAAGGGUGAGGCCUGGACAUCACAGAUAUCAUCUAAGAAGUCUAGUUCUGUGGCACGUUUGGCUAUUCAUGUCAUUAAACACUGCGAGGUAAACACAACUCUUACACGAGGGCCAAAAAAUACAUACAUGGAUACCCACCCGAUCUGGAGGUGAAAAAUUGGUCGAGGAACAAAUUGUUUAAAUAUCACUGAUGGGGUACUACACCGUAGUGGUGACAGGUGAACACACAAGGUUCAGCUGAGAGAUAGGUGGAAGAGGCUACUUUCACACUGGCGUUUUGGUUUCUGUUUGUGAGAUCUGUUCAGGGCUCUCACAAGCGGUCCAAAAUGGGUCAGUUUUGCCCUAAUGCAUUCUGAAUGGAUAAGGA